CAGCAACCAUAUUGAGACCCUGCGGUCACAGUAUGGUAUUUUGAAGAAAGAAAUUGCUCAGGUGAAGCUGACCCUUGAUCAGCUUAAGUUUGAACAAGAAGAAACGAAAGCCUAUGUUCCAAGCAUAAAAGCUCCACAACGAAUCAUCAUGGAAAACCAUCCUUCCCAAAAUAUUUCACCUCCAUCUUCACCGUUUUAUUGUAAAAUGGAAACCUGUUUUGACUUCUCUCGGUGUUCUCUAGUGUCAGGAUUUCCUGUGUUUUUCUAUGAUCCACAGGAAAUAUCCUUAGAUUAUCCUCCUUUAGAUGAAUUUGUUCUGUCUUCGGUUGUGAACAGCUUUGGCAGAAAUGUUUAUGCAACAGAUGAUCCCAGUGGUGCCUGUGUUUUUCUUGUGCUGAUGGGAGAGAUCAAAGGAGCACUGAGUCCUGACAAACUGGAACAUUUUCUGUAUUCUUUACCCCACUGGAAUGGGGAUGGCAGAAAUCAUAUUUUGUUCAACAUUGCACGCAACACACAUGUUUCGGAUUUGUUUAUCAAUGUUAAUACUGGACGUGCUGUACUUGUACAGUCAUCUUUUGCUACCUCAACAUUCCGGGAAGGCUUUGACAUAAUCAUACCACCAAGCCUAGGUUUGGCUGGUGGUGAUGUUUGGUCUGAGAUUCCUCCAUUGUCUCCGAUUCGUCGGAAGCAUCUUCUUUCCUACUGGGGGGAGUAUAUCCCCACCCAUCAACAAGUAAGAAUGAAAAAUUUUCUGCAUAAUGUUAACUUUGAGCUGAACGAAGAUGAAGCAAAACAGUUUAGAAAGCUCCAGGCAGCAGUAGAGGGGGAAGGAGAGGACAGGGUUGAUGAAUCUCAGAAACUAUUAGACACAGAUUCAGAGGCUGAUGAUAGCACUUUAGGCAAUGCAAUUAUCUCAUGGCUCAAGGAACUGCAGUUGGGCAUGGGCGACAAUGCCUUGGUGGAAUUGUCUUGCGGUGGAGCUAAAGUGGCUGGCAUGGAAACUGAGUGGGGACUCUGUGGAGAAGCUGCACAUCGAAGUGAAAUGCUGUCACAGUCUACGUUCACCUUGCUACUGCUCCCAACAAAUGAAUCCCUCAUAUCUACAACCAUAUUUCAGACUCGUUUCUAUGAAGCAUUGAAGUAUGGUUCGAUCCCUGUGAUACUGGGACUUGAGAGGUGGCUUCCAUUUGAUGAGGUCUUAAACUGGGAAAUUGCUACGUUCACACUUCCUCUUCCAAGGAUUACUGAAAUUCCUUUCUUUCUUCGUACAUUUAGUGAUGCUGACAUAUCUUCUUAUCGAAGUCAUGGGCGGAAUUUUUGGGAAACAUACUUUGGCUCCACACAACGGAUUUUGGAUACUGUUCUUGCUGUUUUGCGAGCUCGUCUGCAGAUUCCAGCAGCACCUGUUAGGGAAGAGCCGUCCUUCAGCGUAUUCAAUGAGUCUUUUGUUCCAUUGAAAAUGGAAGGACCUGACCCAGAGCCAGAGACAGAUGAAGUACUUGGACCAAUAGAACCUCGCUUCCCGUCAGAGAAAUUCCAGAACUAUACACGUAGCUGGAUUCUUCAGUCAUUCAACAUGCCUGGAGAUCCAUUUUCUUUGUACCCUUUCACACCCUUUGAGCCUGUGCUGCCAUCAGAAUCAAAAUUUCUGGGCUCAGGCUAUGGAUUUCGGCCAGUCAGUCAAGGCACAGGAGGUGCUGGAAAGGAAUUCAGCGAAUCACUAGGGGGCAACUAUCCUCGAGAGCAGUUUACAAUUGUCAUGCUGACAUAUGAGAGAGAGCUAGUCCUGGUGCAGGCCCUACAGAGAUUGAAAGGCUUGCCAUUCUUAAAUAAAGUGCUUGUUGUCUGGAACAACCCUUCUCCACCAUCUGCAGAUCUCCGCUGGCCUGAUAUUGGUGUUCCAUUAGAGGUGGUGAAGACACGACGUAACAGCUUAAACAAUCGUUUCCUGCCAUACAACUCCAUUGAAACAGAAGCAGUGUUAAGCAUUGAUGAUGAUGCCCACUUGCGACAUGAUGAAAUAGUUUUUGGUUUCAGAGUAUGGCGUGAAGAAAGGGAUCGGAUUGUAGGUUUUCCAGGACGAUUUCAUGCUUGGGAUCCGAAAUACCAUACUUGGCAUUAUAACUCAAAUUAUUCCUGUGAGCUGUCUAUGGUUCUGACUGGGGCUGCCUUUUUCCACAAGUACUAUGCAUACCUGUAUAGUUAUGUGAUGCCUCAGGCCAUACGUGACAAAGUGGAUCAGUACACAAACUGUGAAGAUAUUGCUAUGAACUUUCUUGUGGCUCACAUCACACGCAAGCCACCCCUUAAGGUGACUUCCCGUUGGACUUUUCGAUGUCCUGGCUGUCCCAACACUCUCUCCAGCAACGACACUCAUUUUGAAGAAAGACACCACUGUAUGAACUUCUUUGUGAGUGUGUAUGGGUACAUGCCACUGCUAUAUACUCAGUACAGGGUGGAUUCCGUUCUCUUCAAGACUCGUUUACCUCAUGACAAACAGAAGUGCUUUAAGUACAUAUAAGGAAGCACACAAAGCCACACUAAAGUGCUUGACCAUUGCCAGAGGUGGCUGUAGAAGAGAAACUGCAAGAAGUUUGGAAAUCAUCAAAGAUAUAUAUCAUCAAAGCAGGAUAUAUCUCAAAUAUUUUUGACUGGUGAA